AUGGCGGGGACGCCGCCCGCUGAAGAUCACCAGCAGCAUUCUCUGGCAGUGAUGUUCGGAGCAGCCCGGCCGAAAAACAAGGGAGUGAUGACCAAGGCGCCCGCAGCGAAGCCCCGUGGGAAAGCUAAGCUAUCGGGGACGCAGAUGACACUGACUGGACAGCUUGUGCCGCCGCUCGCAUUGACCGACGCAGGGCCGCCGAAGGCACGCGGGAACAGCAAAGGCAAGGGCAAAGGUAAGCACCCCGCAGCGUUGAGGACGGCUCGCAAAGCUGCGUCAGCCGCAGCUCCCGCCGAAGAACUGCCUCCUCAGGGCGCAGCGGCUUUGCCACCAGAGCCGGACGACGCAGCGUCAGAGGCGGCAUCGGGAUCCGAGGAGCGCGGCGACGAGAUUGGUUCCGAGCUCGGCGUCAAACAGGAUGAGCUUGAGAGUGCCAAGCGUGAGCUUGAGGAGGAAGAGGCUCCACCGCCGGGCGCGGUAGCCAAGGUUGAGAAUGAGGAGCGCUCGCCCGAGGCGGCAGCGCCGCAGGCGGAGGAGGAGGAGGCAGCUCAGGACGAUCCGCCAGCAGGCGCUCCCCAGGUAGGGGAGUUCGUGGAUGUGCAUGGCAUCGAGGAUAGCAUCGUGCGUUGCAACCGCUGCUGUCGCACGGCAAAGGAGUGCAACUACAGGAUCAAGGCGAAGGGCCAGUCGACUUACCAGUGCGACGCGUGCAACACGAACGGGGUGCGCCUUUCUCGGAGGUUCGGACAGUGGCCGCCAAAGUGUUUCGCAAAAAUGAAGAGUGAGUUCAAGCAGCAGUUCUACAAGGAUCUGGCAGAAGAUCCUGGGCUGUCGAACCUCGAUCGCAUUGAAGCCUUCGUGGUCAGCUCAAUCACUGUCCAACGGAUGGAGGAGGAGCGCGUCCGCAAGGGUGGCAAGAACCUUCCGCUGAGGAAGUGGGCGCACGACGGCUUCGACGCGAAAAAGAUUGAAGAUAAUGUGCAGGAUAAGAGGUGGAACCCUGAUCUCGGGGAGUGGACGUACAGGCCGCAAUUUGAGGCGGCCUGGAGCGAGACAGUGGAGGCCGCAGUGCGCAACGAGCUGUACACCGAUAAGAGGACGCAGGCGAAGCAGAGCGGCCCGCGGGCAGCGGCCUCGACGGGCGUCGCAGAGCACGGCGGCGACAAGGGCGACAGAAGCGACGAGAGCGACAUGUCCAGAUCCAGGCGGCGCCGCAGGCGCAGGUCUGACAGCCGCAGGAGGAGGGGGCGCAGCAUGAGCAGGCGCGACAGCAGGGGCAGGCGCGACAGCAUGAGCAGACGCCGCGACAGACGUCGCGACACCAACCGCAGCAGGAGCCGCUCGCGCGGCGCCCGCGACAGGAGCAAGAGCCGCCGCAAGGGCAGGAGCAAGAGCCGCGGCAAGAGCAAGGACAGGAGCAAGAGCAGGGAUAAGGACGCUGAGAAGGAGCGGAGGCGACAGGAAGCGAGGGAGAAGGCCGAGCAGGCCAAGAAGGAGACGCAGGAGAAAAACCUGGCGCUGAAGUGGAUCGGCACCGCAACGAGGCUCGAGACAGAGCUGGACGGGUACCUCGAGCAUGAGAAGGCGGACAAGGUGCCGUCAUGGGCUGUGAAUAACGCGAAGGCGGCGAGGAAGUCCGUGGCAGUCAUGAAGGCGGUGGCGCAGAAGCGCGUGCACAGCGGCGUGGCGUUGACGAUCACGCAGGACGAGGCCAUCAGCAUCCAGAAGGAUGCGAGCUCGGCGGCGAGGGCCAUCGCGGGGAUGCUCAAGGAGGCGCAGAAGCACAGCACCUGA